AUGAUACUGACAUUUCAAAUGUAUUACAAUGAUGUGGUUGAAGAGAUGUCCGAAGGAAUGCUUGGCGAUAUCUCAUUCGAGUACAUUUUCCUCACCGAUUGUGCCAUUGGCAGCAUCCAUUCCUCAACCCUACUACCUUCUUCUGAGCGACUCCUGAGUUUGUCUGUGGAUGGUCUUUUGAAUGGUGGCAAACUCACGGAGUUCCCCUGGGACGCCCUCCAUCAAUUCACCAGUCUUUAUAACGUCAAUAUCCAGUUCAAUUCCAUCACCACUUUGCCACAAUUUGAAAGCUCCAGUCUCAUGCACCUCAACAUUUCGAACUUGAUCCGAGCUGCUUUCAUCGCACUGUCCCGCGAGUGGGCGGAUGCCAAGAAGCAUAUUUCGGCAAAGUCCAGGGGUUGGAAUCCAAUAACAGAUAUCCCGGCUGGAUUCUUCAGGGAUAUGGGGAACUUAGAGAGAUUUGAUUGUUACGACUGUGCCCUCGGACCAACACUGUCGACCAAAUAUUUGGAAUUCCACAGUUUGCAGCCCGAUACGGGUCUAAGUAUUUCAACUAAUGAAAUUCGGGAAUUGACGGAGGUAUCAUUUUGCCCCAUGCUGGAGGUGCUCUCACUGGGCACUGGGUCCAUCAAUCUGAACGGUGAGAUCUUCCUUGAUCACAAUGCUCCAUGA